AUGUCAUCAACUUCUUACGCCGUGCUGGCCUCGCUGCCUAUCCUCGUGUGGUACCUUUACUACCUGCUCAGUCAAUGGCGCUUCAAGAAGUUCGCGCAUAUUCCCGGCCAACUACCAUCAAAUCUAUUCCUUGGGCAUUUAGGGUACAUGAUAGAGGGCUACAAGAAGCUCGGGAGCUCAUUGCCACAUCCAGACUACGUCCUUGAAGAGAUAUGGAAAGACAAUGGCCGUCCAGAAUUCAUGUUAUUGGACACUAGACCAACGAGCUACCCACUAGCUCUCAUCACGUCCCAUGAACUCGCCGAGCAGGUCUCAAGAGCUACCAAGGCGAAUCAGUACAGUGUGACCAAGUCUCCAACGAUGCAAGAAGGAUUCGGCCGCUUGGUCGGCAAGUACUCGAUGUUGAGCGAGAACCAUGACUCUUGGAAGGCCCUUCGCAAGCGCUUUAACCCAGGCUUUGCGCCGCAGCAUCUGCUCUCUUUGCUUCCCGUUAUUGUAGAAAAGACGGAGAUAUUCCUGCAUAAACUGGACGCGUUGGCCGAAUCAGGCGUCGAAACCGAGAUGGAGCCGCUCUGCACUGAUGUCACAUUUGACAUCAUUGGAGAAGUGAUCACCAAUAUCGACUGCAAGGCUCAAGGCGACGCGGCUCAAGGCGACGAAAUUGUCCGCAAUUUCCGCAAACUGAUCCCGACAUACGCAGCGGACAACGGCCUGAACUUCACCUUCUUAAACGUGCCAUUACAGAUCAAAAGAUUUAUCUACGGCAGACAGCUAGACUCAGCCGUCAAGAAGUGCAUCAGCCAGAAAUUCAUCGAGAUCAAAUCAACGCAGACGACCGAGAAAAAGUCAACAAAAGACCGCUCGGUCCUUGCCCUCGCACUCCACGACGUCGACGUCCUGACGCCAUACAUACUACAAAGCACAGCAGACCAAGUAAAAAGUUUCCUCUUCGCCGGCCACGACACAACCUCGAUCCUACUACAACGUCUCUUCUACGCCCUCUCCAUCCACCCCACUUGCCUCGCAAAAGUCCGCGCAGAACACGACGCCAUCUUCGGCUCCUCGAACCCGCGCGACGUCCUCCUUGCGCGCCCAGAGGAAACGAUAAAAGCCCUCGUGUACACGUCCGCAUGCAUCAAGGAGGCCCUGCGCCUUUGGCCCCCGGCUGGGUCGGCGCGCAUGUCACACAACGGGUUCAAGAUCCGCACUUCGGAUGGCGACGAGGUGUGUCUGGAUAAAUGCGUCAUCUACCUCUGCCAGCAUAUCAUCCACCGCGAUGCGAAGGUGUAUGGAGAGAUGGCUGAGGACUUUGUACCGGAGCGGUGGACUGGUGAUGUUAACACCGGCGCGACGGAUUCGGAGCAAAACGGCCCGGGUAAAAUUCCAAGCAGUGCGUGGCGGCCGUUUGAACGCGGCCCGCGCAAUUGUAUUGGACAGGAGUUGUCGAAUUUGGAGGCGAGGGUCAUCCUGGCUUGUGUGGUGCGGCGGUACGACUUUGUGAAGGUUGGGGUUGGAGAGGUGGAAGUCGAUGGAGCGGGUCAACCGGUGAUGGGUGAGAAGGGCAAGUACAAGACUAAAUCGGAGCUGUUCAGCACAAUGUCUAUCACAUCGAAACCGAUGGACCAGACGAGGAUGCGGGUCAAGUUCCACGGAUCACCCCCGAGUUAA